GUGCCAAACGCAUUUGCUAGUGUCGAAGAGCUGGCAUGCGUAUUUGCCCAUUUCCCAUUUCAUCAUCAGGUUCCAUUGGCUAUCAUUUACUCUCUCGACUCACCUCGCGCCACCCACACUCGUGUCAACUAUCAACCCUAAUUCACCCUCUCAAACGCCACUCACCACCAAUGGCUGCGCCCGAGGAUUCCCUUCGCAGAGCUUUGGGCGAGAAACAAUCUGCCGUCGAAACACAGGGCAACGCCGUCCGUGCACUUAAAGCAGCCAAGGCCGGCAAGGGUGAAAUCGACGCCGCAAUCGAAAUCCUUAAUGCCUUAAAGCUCGAGAAAUCCUCGAUCGAGAAACAGCUCCAAGCUGCUGUAGCUGGUAAUGGUCCUGAUAGCUCCAUUAGCAGGGAAGCUUUUCGUCAAGCUGUGGUCAACACUCUUGAACGGCGUUUAUUCUACAUUCCGUCUUUCAAGAUUUAUAGAGGUGUUGCUGGCCUUUACGAUUAUGGUCCCCCCGGUUGUUCUGUCAAGUCAAAUGUUCUUGCUUUCUGGCGCCAGCAUUUUGUUCUAGAGGAGAACAUGUUAGAGGUUGACUGCCCGUGCGUGACGCCUGAGAUUGUCCUCAAAGCAUCUGGUCAUGUGGAUAAGUUCACGGACCUUAUGGUCAAGGAUGAUAAAACUGGGACCUGCUACCGGGCUGAUCACCUCUUAAAAGAUUUUUGCAAUGAGAAGCUCCAGAAAGAUCUAUCCCUAACUUCAGAGAAGGCUGCAGAACUUAGACAUGUACUUGCAGUUUUGGACGAUCUUUCGGCUGAAGAGUUGGGUGCAAAGAUCAAGGAGUAUGGCAUUACAGCUCCAGACACGAAAAACCCCCUUUCUGACCCUUAUCCUUUCAACUUGAUGUUUCAAACAUCAAUUGGUCCAUCUGGCCUUAGCCCCGGUUAUAUGCGUCCUGAAACAGCACAAGGCAUAUUCGUAAAUUUUAAAGACUUAUACUACUACAAUGGGAACAAACUCCCCUUUGCUGCUGCCCAAAUUGGUCAGGCUUUCAGAAAUGAGAUUUCUCCUCGCCAAGGCCUUCUGCGAGUGCGUGAAUUCACAUUAGCAGAGAUUGAGCACUUUGUUGACCCUGAAGACAAAUCUCACCCAAAGUAUACUGAAGUUGCAGAUCUUGAAUUUCUCAUGUUUCCAAGGGAAGAACAAAUGUCUGGCCAAUCUGCAAAAAAGAUCCGGCUCGGUGAAGCAGUUUCAAAAGGAAUUGUCAACAAUGAAACUCUUGGCUAUUUCAUUGGGAGAGUUUAUCUCUUCCUAACUCAUCUGGGUAUAGAUAAAGAACGAUUACGAUUCAGGCAGCACCUUGCAAAUGAAAUGGCCCACUAUGCUGCAGACUGUUGGGAUGCUGAAAUUGAGAGUUCGUAUGGUUGGAUUGAGUGUGUUGGUAUUGCAGAUAGAUCUGCAUAUGACUUGCGUGCGCACUCGGAGAAAAGUGGAGUCCCUCUUGUGGCCCAUGAAAAAUUUUCAGAACCUAGGGAAGUUGAGAAACUUGUUAUAGCACCAGUAAAAAAAGAGCUGGGCCUUGCUUUUAAGGGCAACCAAAAAAUGGUGGUUGAAGCCUUGGAGGCCAUGAAUGAAAAAGAGGCUAUGGAAAUGAAGGCCUCUCUAGAAACCAAGGGUGAAGUGGAGUUUUAUAUCUGCACUCUUGAGAAAAAUGUGUGCAUCAAAAAGAACAUGGUCACAAUCUCAAAGGAGAAAAAGAAGGAACACCAGAGAGUUUUCACACCAUCUGUGAUUGAGCCAUCUUUUGGCAUUGGACGCAUAAUAUAUUGCCUCUUUGAGCAUUCUUUCUACAUGAGGCCCAGUAAAGCUGGGGAUGAACAGUUAAAUGUUUUCCGCUUUCCUCCUGUAGUGGCCCCUAUUAAAUGCACUGUUUUCCCACUUGUUCAGAAUCAGCAGUAUGAGGGGGUUGCCAAGGUUAUUUCUAAGUCAUUGACUGCUGCUGGAAUCUCACAUAAGAUUGAUAUUACAGGCACUUCAAUUGGCAAACGAUAUGCCAGGACAGAUGAAUUGGGUGUACCCUUUGCAAUAACUGUUGAUUCAACAUCGUCUGUGACAAUCAGAGAGAGGGAUAGCAAGGAUCAAAUCCGAGUUAAUGUGGAAGAAGCCGCAUCAGUUGUGAAGUCAGUGACGGAUGGGCAUAGGACAUGGGCUGAUGUGUGGUCAAAUUUCCCUCAUCACUCUUCUGGAUCCACGGAGGAGUAAAUUUCAGAUGAUAAUGAAACUAUACAACACACGCCAAUUCCUCACCUGCUAUCUUGAGCAGAAACAAUGAACUAAAGAAAAGUUAUAACUUUUAAUUGCAAUUUGUAUUUCUUAAGGUAUUGUUGAAUGUUUUUCCAUUGUUCUGAGUUAGUUUUGGAACCAAUAAUUUAAGUGCCUAUAAAUGGAGAAACUCACAGGGUUCUUUGGAGGUA